AUGAAAGCUUAGUUUUUAAUUAUCCCAGUUCUUUUUUAUGGAUUGAUAUCUGAAGGCCUAGCAUAAGAAAUUAUCUAGGAAGAUCUCCCACUCUAGGUUUCACAUGAUCAUUACUUGGAUUUCCCUCUAAGUAAGAGAGAUUUUGCCAAUUGGAGAGCUCUGGGCACAACUGUGAUUCAUAAGAAUAAAGUGGUAAUUGUGCCUUAAUCUAAGGAAGCAAAGGGAAUGUUUUACACUGCUCACACCAAUCCAUUCCCUUAAGCUUGGAUUGCAGAUAUUGAGAUCAAUAUAGGCAAUACUGCUCAAACAUUCAGACCAGGCAGUAUCCUUGGAAUAUACUAUGUUAGGGAUGUAGAUCUUACUAUUCAUUAAGACCAGCAAGCUGAGUAUUCUAAGAUGUUUAAUGGCUUGGGCAUAUUCCUAAACACUCUUCAUCAUAAUCAAACUGCUGAUCGUAAACUAGCCCAGAGUAUUUCGAUGAUCGUAAGCGAUGGGCGCAAGAUACAAACUCCAAUAAACUGGAAGAAUGUGUGCUUUAGAAAGUAUAAAAACUAACCUGAGAAUUCUUACUUCAAAAUGAGACUUAAAUUCGAGAUGAAUUUGAUUACUCUCUCUACCUAUGACAUUUAGACAAAGGAGUUUGAGUAAUGUGUGUAGCAACCGAUAGAUGAUUCUUUCGCCUUCAAUGGAUACUUUUUAUUCGGAGGUAGUAGCGGGCUGAAGACUCAAGAUCACAUCUAUCUUAGGAGUUUCAAACUCUAUGCUGCUCACAAUAUUGCAGAGAACUAACACUUCUAACAAGCUAGAAAAACAAAAGCCACCUAUUUGGAAACCAAAUAGCUUUAUCAAGAAGCUCUGAAGAAUAUCUUCAACUAAUUAAAAAAGAAUGAAAUAGAUGAUUCAAAUCAUUAAAACCUUACCUAACUCUACAAUUUGAUCCCAGUAACACAUAUGAACUUGACUCAUUCCCUUGAAAGAGUCGUGACGUUUGAGGACUUAAUUCAGCAGAGGUAUAUGCAUAUUGUGCACUCAGUCAUUAAAAAGCCAGAUUUCACUUAACUCAUGGAGAAGGUCUACCUUUUCAAGAACACUCUAAAUGUUCUAUCAUAUGAUCUAGAUCAACAGUCUUUUAAGAUUAUAUAUUUAGAAAAAGAGCUCAAGAGAGUUAGGUUCCAUUAGGAUAUGGCAAACAGUGUGACUCAGAGGGAAUUAAACAACAAAUAAAUAAGUGAUCUUUCUAAAGUCUUAGCGAGCAUUAAGGAUGCAAUGGUAAAGAUGCAGAGAGGCAACGAUGAGCUGGUUUAUACUCUUAGUAGGCUAGAAAAGAGCGUUUAUAAUGAAAUUGACACAACUGAUAAUCUUUAUGUUAAAGCCAAGAGUGACAGACAUUAAGCUAUCUCUGGACAAGUGUUCUAUGACAUGCGAGAAGUAGAUGAGAUAUUUGAUCAUUUAGAGGAUCAUGGUGUGGGAAAAAGCAGUGCAUGGAACUCACUAUUAAACUAUGGAAUGAUGAUGGUAAUUGGAGCAUCUAUCUACAUCUGGUGCUAACUCAAUAAAUAUGAAAAUAGAUUCAAAUGA